CCAAAACAAGUUCAUGAGUGGCUAGACAAAAAAUAUGAACUUAUGAGUGUCGCUCCUUACCUUUUAACAUUUAACUCUGAUCACCGGGCCCAGUUCUCAUUAUUAGAAGAAAGACUUGUUAAGUGGAUUAAUGAACGUCGCAAUGAGCAGUAUGCUGUUACCCAAAACAUGGUUGUAAGAAACACCAAAACAUUAGCCGAAACUAAUGAAUUUAAAAAUACAUACCCUGACAUUGGCAGCUUCAAAUUUUCUAAAAGCUGGUUGUCUAACAUGAUUCAUCAAUUGACGCCUGCUGGACGUCUACGAAAGCCAUCGUACGCUACUCUUGCACAAUGGGUAAUGGAUUCGUGGAACAAGGUUGACCCUCGCUUAAUCGUAAAUUCAUUCAAGUGUUGUGGUGUUUCAGUCAAGAUGGAUGGGACGGAAGACGAUUUGGUCUUCGACUAUGAAUCGUUGAGUGAGAAUCUGGCAGACAAAAAUGAUAAGAAUUCCGAAGUAGUAGGUCUUGAUAUUAAUAGUGAAGAAUACGAAGAAGUUGAUGACAUUAAUAAUGUUUGGGAAUAA